UGAGCUUCAUGGGAUAUCUGGCUAUGCACUUGGUCGACUUUCUAUUUUGCAGACUUGAUUUGAUUUUCUAGGGAGGCGUUGUCUUCAUAACCUCGUGGGUUUUUUCUUUUUUUCUUUCCUAUCGGUUUCCAGCUCCAUAGGCGCCUAACGGGAUGGUUCUCGGUCACUAUGGCAAGAAGGGCGCCAGGUUGCCUUCAAAGCAAACGUCCUCGCUACCCCCGAGUACUGCAGAUCGGAAUUGAGCAACUGGGGAAUGCGUUCGUCUCACGUCUCUCCCAUCAGUCAAAUCUCUCGAAUGUAUCCGGUCCAAGGAAAGAAAAAGAAGUCGAGAAUCGGAAUCCCGAUUCUCACUUUGUACGGAUUCCCCUCAGCGCAGUCUUAUCCCCCACUUCUGUUGUUUUUUCCCCUGUUUCGGUUAAAGAGAAUGCAUGGAAUUUGUCGUUGGCUUGGUUUCUCCUACAUGUCCUGCAGCCUAUCCAGUCGAAACUGCACUGCAUCAUGUUCUAUCGUCAUGGUCUCCGAGCAGACAUGAGGAAUAUCUAGCACGCCUAUUAAGUUACUAUUUACUAAUCCACCAUUUUCUCCCACUC